GCUGGCAGACUCGACGCAGUAGUAAAAAACGAGUCCCACAAGUGAGAGCGUAUACUUUGGUCCGCUGCUGUUCGUUCGAUGCGUCGUCGGUUUGUGCCCUCUUCUUCUUGUUCGUCCCGUGGGGAAUCGGUUCCGUUUUUCCCCGUUUCGUAUUAAACCGGGCGCUAAUCCCGAAACGUUUUCCGACUUAAGUGGAUUUUUCAACAAGUGUCAACGCGUCCCACGCGAUAGAAGUGUGAAAGUUAGAUUUUUAAUGUUGCUGGGGCAUUUUGGGUAAAAAAGUUUGUAUGAAAAGUGAGUGAAAUUUCGAGGGUGCUGCCACCAAUCUGGGAGUGUGUGCGGUGGUGUGGCUCUGAUUCAAGUCGGUUUUGGAAAAGGCAAAUAAGAAUCAAAGAAAGCAUAAGAAACCCAGUCAGUGAAAGAAGAGCGCAGAAAAAUGGGUUGUGCUGUGAGUCGAGAUAAGGAAGCCAUCGAACGUUCGAAAAACAUUGAUCGUGCACUGCGAGCGGAUGGCGAACGGGCUGCAAGCGAAGUGAAGCUGCUCCUACUAGGAGCGGGCGAAUCUGGCAAAUCGACCAUUGUUAAACAGAUGAAGAUAAUCCACGAAACGGGUUACUCACAGGAGGAAUGCGAACAGUAUCGACCGGUGGUGUACAGUAACACGAUUCAAAGCCUGAUGGCAAUCAUUCGUGCAAUGGGACAGCUUCGAAUCGAUUUCGCCGAUCCCAGCAAGACAGACAUCGCCCGCCAAUUUUUCACAUAUGCCUCGGCAACCGAGGAAGGUGAACUCACGCCCGAGCUGGUAUCGCUAAUGAAGAAACUCUGGACCGAUCCGGGUGUGCAGUUAUGCUUCUCCCGGUCACGCGAGUACCAAUUGAACGAUUCCGCUGCCUACUAUCUCAACUCGCUGGAUCGGAUCUCGCAACCAAACUAUAUCCCCACCCAGCAAGACGUGCUGCGGACGCGGGUUAAGACGACCGGCAUUGUCGAAACGCACUUUAGCUUUAAGGGUAUACACUUCAAAAUGUUUGAUGUUGGCGGUCAGCGAUCAGAGCGGAAAAAGUGGAUACACUGCUUCGAAGGAGUAACGGCAAUAAUCUUCUGCGUAGCUCUAUCAGGAUAUGAUCUAGUCCUUGCAGAGGACGAAGAAAUGAAUCGAAUGAUCGAAUCGAUGAAGCUGUUCGAUUCGAUAUGCAACUCAAAGUGGUUCGUGGAUACUUCCAUAAUUCUUUUCCUUAACAAAAAGGAUCUGUUUGAAGAGAAAAUCACCCGAUCGCCGCUGACCAUCUGCUUUCCAGAGUAUUCAGGAUCCAACACGUACGAGGAAGCGUCCAGCUACAUUCGAAUGAAGUUCGAAAAUUUGAACAAACGAAAAGAUCAGAAGGAAAUCUACACGCACCUGACCUGCGCAACGGACACCAGCAACAUCCAGUUUGUGUUCGACGCUGUAUCCGACGUGAUCAUCAAAAAUAAUCUUAAAGACUGCGGUCUAUUCUAAGUCGCGCCAGCACUGCUGGCAAACGGUGAAAAGUAUAAUCCACACUACAGUAUGUAAGCAGCAAGUGGAUCCUAAACUUACAUGAUGCGCACAAACGCACACACACACCUCUCUCCCAGAAAGAAACAAUUUAUUUUCCCUUUUCCGCUUCUUGUAACGAAUCUUUCCGAUUCGCCGCCUAGCUAAAACAAAACGAAUUUUUGCGUUGGAUCAUGUUCCAAUUGCGCCAACACAAUCGAAACGAUAAUUUGAAAUGUCACUUUUUGGAACUGAUACGACAAAUUACAGAACUAUACAAUGAAUAUGAUAAAACAAAAUGUUCGGAUUCCGCUAACUAAAUUACUACAUGACAAGUAUCGCAAUGAUGGCGCAUAAAUUUUAGAACAUUGAAAACACGCUUAUGUAAUAAUUAUGUUAAAUUACUUCUAAGUUAAACUGAAUAACUUAACGAACAACUUUCAACAGAAUCAAUUAUCUUCAGAAGGCAUAUAAAAAAAAAUAUAAUAUACAUGGUAACAAUUAAGAUAAUCAUGAUUGAAAAACAAAUCCAUGAUAAACGAAACCAGUAAAUAUAUUUUUUAUAUUUUAUAGGCGAAAUAAAUAAAAUGCAUUGUACGUUGUUCAAUUAAUGAUAUAUAUAUAAACGGUGUCCGCCUUGUUACUGAGAAAAAAAGCAAAAACACGUGUAUGAUGUAAUUGUUACUAAAUCAAUCGAUGCAACAGUCUAUCCUAUUAAUGGAAGAAAAAGUGCAUACAAAAUAAGGAAACCCUUAAAAUAAUAUUUAUACAUUACUGUUAAAUGUGUUUUAGCUAAGACGAAAGCAAACAAAAGAGACGAAUUUAAAAAAACGGCAAGGCUCUCGCCAUACAACUCCUAUCCUCAUCAAACGUCACAAUAAAAACGGAAACUAUUUUGUUGAUACGAAUCGAAGCAUAUCCACUGUGUGUAGCUAUUUUUUUUAGGACGCACACAUUCUUUGUCUAUCACUAGUUAUUUCAACUUGAACCGAACAAAAGCACACACUGCUCUAAGCAUACGUCUCUAAAGUCUGUCAUUCCAAUCGAAGCAUUUCACUUCACUAUAAUACUGUACUACUUUUUAGUUUAGUUAUCUAUUAACCUAGGUAUAGCACCGAAAGCUUUCUCGAGCUACCAAAUUUUACCGUAUCUUUUCCCUAAGACUGAUACUCUUUCUCAUUAUGAAAAAAGAAUCCUGCAUUUUAAAGAUAUUUUUUACUAAUACAAUAGCAGACGAAGGUUAACCCGGUAUUAGAAAGGAAAAACAAACAUUUAAUUUGUGUGCAUGGCAUGUUAAAACACAAACGAGAAAGAGAGCCAAAUGUUUCCUUGGGUGAUAUGAAUUUACGCAGCUACAAAUAGAAAAAUAAUUAAUAUCCAAAUCCUCUAUUACAUUCAUCAAAUACCAGCCUAUAUCUACAUUGAAGUUAUAAUCCUGAAUAUUUACUGCGAAUUGUGUUGUACCAUUGCAACUUUUGAGAAUCAAACAAGCGCAUAUUAUUUACAUCGAAAUAGGAAUAAAAUUCUACAGCCCAGUUAUGAGCAGAUCAUUAGCACAACUUGAGCUCCAAUUAUAGGUCGCGUAUGUUUUCAUAUAUUUUGUUCCACUUUUAACAGUAGACUUUACAGCUACUAAAAUCCUAUUGUGUGACCUUUCCUCAAUAUGUUUGAAGUAGAAAAAACAUGAAGCAAGCUAAACGCAACAAGGAAAUGCUUUAACGAUCGUAGGAUCAGGCAUCAUAUUAUGCACUAGAAUCAACUUCCGUAACAGGAGAAAAAUGUGUAUUUUUAUAUGGAUGUUUUUGCUUAUAUGUAAAACCAGAUAAACCUACUUAGAGAACACAGUACCAGAUAACUAGGCACUCAGUUUUUGCGAUGAACAUUUAGGAAUUGAUUUUUCGCCACUCUAUUGCUCCCCGAUGUCUAAAUACAGGCCGAAUAUCAUGUUUUGAUAAAAUAUAUUAUAUAUAUUUAAAAA